CCUCCGAUCCUUCUCGAUACUCCUCUUCAGAAGAGGACGAGAUCCGUUACACCAUCACUUCACCCAUACUCUUUAUAUGCCCAUAUUUACAAGGCUAUGAGUGAUGAGGAUCACUUUUGCUUUUCAGAUGAGAUGAGUAGGAAUUUUCAGAUCGUCUUUUCAAAUCGUCUUAAAGUAGGAAUUAUAUCGCAUGCAUUAUAUUGAGUGUCAGCACAACUGGACAGUACAUUUUUACAAAAUGUUUUAUUUUUACAGUUAGUUUAAGUUCUGUAUUUCAGACUGGAUUUAUUCAGUGCUUCGGAAAGUAUUCAGACCCCUUUUGUCUUGGGGUGCCACUGUGUUCUUGGGGACCUUCAAUGCUGCAGACAUUUUUUUUGGUACCCUUCCCCAGAUCUGUACCUCGACACAAUCCUGUCUCGGAGCUUUAUGGAGAACUCCUUCAACAUCAUUGGCUUGGUUUUUGCUCUGACAUGCACUGUCAACUGUGGGACCUUAUAUAGACAGCGUUGUCCAUGUCGGAUGACUUUGGGUUCAGUGUGGCAGUGGUGUCCUCUAUCAUUAGCUGUGCCAUCAUCCUGCUCAUGUCCAUGGCCUUCAUCACCUGCUGUCUGCUCGACUGUGUCAAGGAGGAGGAAAGGAAAAAGGAGGAGAGGGAGACAGAUCUGUGGCACCAGCCAGAGCGAGCGGAGCAGGAGGAGAACAGGGCCUCUCACUAUGACCACAAGGGCAGAAACAACAAUAACAACACCCAGGAGAAGACACUGCAACAAUGGGACCACCAGGACCCUUCAAUGUGUGACCAAAGGAGACCCAGCUGGUGCCAUCAGUACCCCUAUGCUCUGACUGGUCCAGCCCCAGCCUCCACCUUCGGCCCAGCCCUCAACUCAGCUCCUCUCCCCUGCAGAGGCUACGACCAGCCCAUUCUUCUGCACAACUCAGGCCUGUACCGUAACCCAGGUCAACCAAACAAUCCAGGCCUACUUCAAAACCCCAUCCCACCCCAGUAUCCAGGUUCAACUCGGACCGUGGGGUACCGGAACCCAGAGGUACCCCCUGGCUCAGGCUUGGCCAGACUGUAUGUAGGACAGGAGGGCAGUGUGUCCGUGGUGAGCACUCCACUUCUGGAUGAGUGGAGUGCCCAGGAGCGCCCCAUACGGGUCAUAUCCGUGUGAGGUCACAACCAGGAAGUGACUGGACAUAGACCACAUGGGCAUGGAUAAACUCAACAUCAAUCAAGAAACAUGAUCCAAAAGGGAGAGGACCACCUCUAUGGGGACCACGCCUAUGUCAUUAUCAACCAGGCACCAAUGACUGAAUAAUUAGGGGGCGCUCAUAUAGUCCUGUUUUACUGUAUGUACAAGUGGGUAACCUGUACAAGUGUGAGGUGUGAAAUGGAAAUGUAUUUUUUGCAUAUCCCACUCCCCGAGACAUCCUCGGAGAGUGGGGUCACAGCCAGGCGAUCGGCCAUUAUUGACUGCAACCCUGGAGCAAUUAGGAUUAAUUGGCUUGCUCAAGGGCAGAAUGACAUAUUUUUACCUUGUCGGCUCGGGGAUUCAAACCAGCACGCCAGUAGCGGUAGACCAUUGAGUGACAAAGCAGCAUUUUUAGGUUGCAUCAGACAUGUGCCUUAAACGCAGACCCUAUCCCUCUGGACACUGCCAGAAGCCGAGAGUUGGUGAGGACAUUCAUUAUUCCAUAGGAAUCACUUAUUGUGUUACUGAUUGAUUUCACUUGUGUUCUUCCGGGAAAUGUACAGUAGUAAACAUGUUCAGUUCGGAAAUAUCCUGUAUCUCUGAGUUAUGAAAUCUAGUAGUUCUGCUUCUGGAAAGAAUCCUUAAAACGUUGUACAGUAUUCUGCAUUUUUAGGUUUGAUCCUACUGCUUUGUUGGAUCCAGGGAUAGCAUGUGUAGGGCUACAAUUCCCAAUCCUGUUGUGUAUAGUAUGUGAUGGUACUUCAUGGUACAAAUAACUGUUAAAUGUUAUUCUGUACUAUUGGAAUGAAAAGGGAAUUUUCUGAAGCUUUUUUAUAUUCCUAUACCCAACUGAUACUGACAUUGAUGGUACAUUAUGCAAGUCCCACUGCAGAUGGAUUGACAAUGAAUCAUUUAAUAAAUUCUACAUUCUUUAA